ACAGAAAAGUGAAGUACACCGAUCAACCGAUAAUGGUGUUAUACAUACCAAAACCACAUUAUGACCGCGAUCAAAUUGCUUUACACGGUUUCACAGAAUCUCGUAUCCAUGAAAUAUAUGUCAAUGGUUUAUGCUGAUAACCGAAUUCAGUUUCGGAAUUUCGAAACUUUUGGAAGCAGAUUCCGUCCGAUCCCUCCCAAACGUCUUUCAAUCCAUUCCAAUCCCAAACACACGCGUACCCGCACUCCUCUAGUAAGUGCUGAAUCGAUAACGUUGAACAUGAUUCGAAAAUAGUGAGGGUCAAGGCUCUUAUCAGUGAUAUAAAAAUACAUUUAAUGUUGAGCUUUCUCCAUACUUCGUUUGUAGUUCUUUAAAGCAGUAACUUAAAUUCGGUAUAUAUCGAAAACUUUUAGAUAACAUCGAAUAAAGUUAAAAAUGACCAAGUGUAAAGUGAAGGUCGGAAUAAUCGGUGGUUCAGGUUUAGAUGACCCUCAAAAUCAAAUAUUAAAUUGUCAAACUAUAAUUACGCGAGAAAAGGCUAAAAAUGAGUUUGGAUUUCCAUCUAGCGAUCUUUACCAUGGAGAUCUUAAUGGUGUAGACGUGGUAUUAUUAUCAAGACAUGGACCAGGUCAUAUAACAAGUCCCACCGCAGUAAAUUAUCGUGCAAACAUUGAAGCUCUCCGCUUAGCUGGAUGUACUCAUAUACUUGCUUCAACAGCAUGUGGCUCUUUACAGGAAACUAUUUGUAGAGGACAAUUAGUUGUUCCAGACAGUUUCUUAGAUAGAACAACAAAAAGAAGUAUUACCUUUUAUGAUGGUACUUCACCUAAAUAUUUUGGAGUGUGCCAUAUGCCAAUGGAACCAGCUUUUGAUCCAACUACAUCUCAAAUAUUGUUUGAAGUUGGUAAAGAAUUAGGGUAUGACAUAAGAAAAGGAGGAACAAUUGUAAGUAUAGAAGGACCAAGAUUUUCCUCAAAAGCUGAAAGUAAUGCAAUGCGUUUAUGGGGAGGAGACUUAGUUAAUAUGACUACAUGUCCAGAGGUAUAUUUGGCAAAAGAAGCUGGACUUCUAUAUGCAGCUGUAGCAAUGGCAACUGAUUAUGAUUGCUGGAGAGAUUGUGAAGAUAAUGUUCAUGCAGCUGAUGUAAUAAAAGUAUUUAAACAAAAUGUUAGUAAAAUAAGACAUUUACUUAUAAAGGCAGUUAAACAUAUUGGUGAAAAAAAUUGGGACAAGGAAAUUGAUGCUUUACAUGAAUUAUGUCAGAGUAGUAAUGUUUCUUCUCAUACUUCAUAAGUUUGUGUAUUUGUAACGUGACAGUAAGAAUGUACUACUUCGUAUUUUAGAUUUAUGUUAAGUUUGAUAACGAAAACUGAAAUUUAUACACUUCUUAUAAAGGCUUUAAGAAUACAUAUUGUUCGUUUUAAUAAAUAAUAUAAUUAAAAUAAAA